GCAAUAAAUAAAUUAAUUAUCCCUGAAUUCUUUCGGCAUUAGGGUCGUAUAUACGUAUUAGGGUCGAAGGAUUAUGAGUUUCUAAAAAGAGCCGACUUAAUUUACCUACCAUAAGUUUAUUUCAUAUUUUUCCGAAUAAAAAUAUUAUAUCAUAAGAAUAUAUCAAUCUAAUUAUAAAUCUUAGAGGUGGAAAUCGGCUGUAGCUUUGGAAAAAAAUGGGAUCGGAAUGGAAAAUAUUGUUCAAUAGUCGGCAAAUUUUGCAUCCGAAAAUCCACCACUAAUAAAUACUCUUCACUUGUAGGGAUUUCUUCGAAUCAACCGUAAUUUAUUUCAAAUGUGAUUACCUGGCAAUCGCAAAAUUUCGAUUAGCAAAGCGGCAAUUACGUGGCAAUUUGUAUCCAAUCACUAGCUCGCACGUAAUAAUCGACACAUCAUCGUGGCAAUUUGUAUCCAAUCACUAGCUCGCACGUAAUGAUCGACACAUCAUCGCUAUCUACGUGGCUAUUUUCGACCAAUCAAAUCACUAGCUCGCGUCACUUUUAAUUUUGUACUUGCACCGAUUUUAUUUUUUAACCUUUAUUUUAUUUAUUUUUUCAAAAAGUCUCACUUCUGCAAACUCUAUUCCCAUUCGCCGCCGCCGUAUUGCAGCUGAACAUGGCCGGCGCUGCCGCCCCCCAAAAGGAUAUAACUUUCGAUGAGUGCUGGUCCAUUUUGCAGGAGGAGGCCAUUAACAAGAUGGUCAACAUAUUCGAAGCAGAAGAACAACCCAACGACAAAAUUUUCGAUUCCGAGGAAUAUAUGCGGUUCUAUACAGCUGUUUAUCACGUAUGCUGCUCUUAUAGCCCGGAUAAUUGGAACCAAAAACUGUACGACCAGUACAAGAAGACAUUUGAGGACUACAUCUCUUCGAAGGUAUUGCCUUCUUUGAGGGAAAAGUCGGACGAAAAUUUGUUGAGGGAAUUUUCGAGAAGAUGGAAAAAUCACAAAACUAUGACCAAGUGGCUCUCUAUGUUCUUGUAUUACCUCUCGAGAUACUAUAUACCGAGUAAGAGACUGCCUUCUCUCGCCGAAUCCAGCCACUCGAUCUUCUAUAAUCUGGUUUACAGGGAAAUACAUGAACAAGUUCAUGAUAUAACUAUGUCAAUGAUUGAUCGGGAACGAAACGGGGAACAAAUUGAUCAGGCUAUGGUUAGUGAAGUGAUUAAAAUUUGUGAGGAAAUGGGGAGUGGAAAUGCAUCGAAGCACGAUGCAAAUAAUAUCGACGAAGCACUAGUACUACUCGGUGAAGCCACCUAUAGCUUUACCGGCUUAAGGUAUGUACCAAAUCGUCGUUUUUUUUUUUCGGACUUCAAAUUAUAGAUAUUUACCGACAGUUCUAAUGUUUGUUCGAUUUUUUUUUUUUCUUGUCUGAAAUAUAUGCAGGUUGGAGGGAAAUGCUUAGAACAGGAGAAAUUAUUGCCUUUUGUAACAGAGUGUACAACAUGGAUUGCUCAAGGUACAUGCAAGAAAGCUAUAAGGAAAAAUAAGCUGCUUCGUUUAUGGAACUUUCUUUUUAAUGAGAUUCGAAGAGUGAUUAUUUUAAAAUUUACAUUGGAGUUUUUUUAUUUAAUUUUAAAUUAUGAAUUUUUACAUUGGUCGUUGGAUUUUGG